AUGCUGCAGACAAUGCCACGGAUAUCUGUCACGGGAUUACGGAGAAGGUGGAGCAACAAGUAUAUUGAAAAUCUUCAAGAAUCUAGUCCAGAAGUGUCGAGUAGCGAUACGUUCUCAUCAAGCUUUCAAGCAGACUCGGGCGCGUCAGUGCGUGAAGAAGAGCUUCAAUUUUGGGAUUUGGAUCAUCGAGGACUUAAAACAGAAUCUAAAACUGAUCAUUAUAGUACCAUUACCACCAGCGCUGCAGAAAUAGUUAAUAACGAUCAUCCAGCUUCACCUUUCUCUGCCACCGUUCAAGGUAAAUGCAGUCAAUGA